AUGACCCCUAAACCACGUUCGAAAACUUUCACCGGCUGCUGGACUUGUCGAUCUCGUCGUGUCAAAUGCGACGAGCAGCGACCAAGUUGCCAACGGUGUCGUCGCAGUGGACGAACGUGCCAAGGGUACGGUGUGCGGUUGGGAUGGACCAAUUCCUCGGGAACUGUAACGCAGCGUCGGUUACUGCGUUCAACUAGGGCAACGGCAGAACUGUCGCCAGCUGCCGUGAAAGAUAUUUUGAGUGACCUUGACCAUUCUCCGGGAAAAGUGAUUGCUCAGCGAGGGCCAUUUUCGGUCUUUUCAGUCUCUGUGUCGGAGGACUCGAGUCGGAAUGUGCGGGUUCACAAUCAUCGCGAAUCAUCAACGGAGAGCUUCAACGGGGUUCUCCCAUACCCACACGAUCUAUCUGUAUCACCAUCUCCAGAUGCAUCGUUUAUGGCGCAAUGCCGGCUCUUUCCGGAGCCUCCGAAAUGCGUCCUCAACGAAGAUGCCCUCGUUAAGAUUGGCCAAAUAACGCCAAACCCAUCUCAAACGGGACGUAGGCGAUGCGCAGCAGAUACAAACGACAAGAUUCAGGCGCGCCUUGUAGAGAAGGCACACAUCUCAUCCUCGCUGAAUCCUACGAGUAUGUCUCCCCUUGAGAUCGAACUGAUCCAUCACUGGGUCGUCUUCCUCAGCGGAAACCUGCUCCUGAUCGACUUACCUGACAAUCCGUGCCGCACUGUUUUCAUGCCCCUGGCUCUCAAGGGACUGAACUCCUCCGCAUCGGAGUCAAACAUGCACCGUGCUGUCUUCCAUGGACUGUGUGCAGCUUCCGCAUUUAGUCUUUACCAUCUUCGCAGCGAAUCCAAGUACCAAUCUCUUGCUGUUCAGCAUGACCAGCAGGCCAUCCAGCAUCUGCGGCAGAACCUUCGUCCUGGAAGCCGACUAGACGAGACCACACUUGUAGCUGUGCUGACGUGCAUCGCGGCUGAAGCCAUGUCUGGCCGGCGUGGCCGAUGGAGAGCUCAUGUUCUUGGGGGACUGGGAAUGCUGGAAAAUGAGCUUGAUGGCGAGUGGCUGCAAUCGCCAACCGCGGCACGCUUACUCCAGAGUUACUUAUCUCUCUCCUCACUGUGCAAUUUCCGAAUGUCGGCUCAGUUAGUAGGAUUGCUGAAAGGGCUUCCGAACAUCCAGAACUACUUAGAGCGGUCGCAUGGUGUUUCACAGUCACUCAUACAAUUUCUAGCACAUAUAUCUGCCCUCAGGGAGUCACCUAAUCGGACCACAGCUGCGGACCUAGACAAUCUGGAGUUGCAGCUUUAUCUCCAAUUUCCCAGCUCGCACUUCCAGGAAACACCCGAGUCGAUUGUCAUCCAGCAUGCUCUGAACUCCUUUUACUACGCCACCGUUAUCUACUUUCGCCGUUCUCUUCGCCGUGUCCCUGUGGGAGACGUUCAAGACCUCGUGGAGAAAGCAGUCCACGAGCUUGAAGCCGCCGAGGCACUCACCCACCGCAAAGGCGGAUGUGCCUACAAUUGGGCCGGCUUCGUGGUCGCCGCCGAAUGCAGCCGACCGGAUCUACAAGAGAGGAUGCUGGCUUUAUUCGAUCGCAAACGCCGGCACGGAAUCACGAACAUCCAAUCAUUGUGCGAAAUCGUUACGAUCCUGUGGCAACGACGAGCAUCUGCGCCUGGAGUCGAUAUUCAUUGGGAGGAGAUUGCUAACGAGGCUGACUAUGAUAUCAUGCUAGUAUGA